AUGGUUGGGGAUGAUAUAGUUCAUGAUGAACCAGUAACAAAUAUCAAUCAAGCUGCCAACAUUGGUCAAGAAAUUGACUACAAUCAUCCAUUGUUCUUAUCUCCAUCAGAUGUUAGUGGAAAUCAGAUCAUUUCAUUUCAGUUAACAGUGAACUCUGUUUCUAAGAGUUUACUAGGUGGCAUUAUGUAUGCAGCCACUGCAAAAGCAGUGUGGCAAUAUGUACAAGAAAGGUUCACCAAGAUAGAUGGUUCAAGAACCUUCAACUUGCAUAAGGAGAUAGCCACUCUAACUCAAGGAGUAAAUUCUGUAACAGUCUAUUUCUCCAAACUUAAGACUUUUUGGAAGGAAAUUGAGGCUUUGGUACCACCACCAGGUUGUAACUGUGAAAAAUCCAAGGAGUUCAUAUUGCACCUACAAAAACUAAAACUGUUCCAUUUUCUGAUGGGCUAA